UUAAACUUUGGACUGUAUUAUGAGUUUUUAAAGGUUUCAAUUUACAGAGAGCAGAUAGAACCUCCGCAUUAAUUCGUUAAUUAUUUAAUCGAUAGUAUAUUCUACGUUAAAAUGUAGUCGGUUUUUGCUUCGGCGCAACGCAUAAAUUCUGUGCUCUUUUGAGUCAACAAACUUUUGAAUUUGAAAAUGAACGUAAACCGUUUAUGUGAAUAGACUCGCUAUCAGCCAACUUGGAAAAAAAAUGGUAAGUAUUUCCAAUGCAUUUGAAGUAGAAUAUCGUUUUUUUUCUGCUUGUAAUUAAGGAUUCUCUCUAGUCUCGGUAUACGUGGGCUCAACCCUCAGUGCGGUAGAUCUUACUUCAAAUACGAUUGGUGUACGAUCGUAGCUAUGGUAUGUGUUCGGUCGGUAGUAUCGCAGCGUUACACAUAUAACACAUAGUAAAAAUAAAAAAAAAUUGUUUGUUUGUUACCUAAUUUAUGACAAAAUGUAUUGGAUUGUGUUAUAUUUUAUUAAAUAUGAAAUAAGCUAAACUUUCUUCAUGAAUAUAAUUAAUGAAUGAAAAAAUAAAAGAAUCAUUUGCUAAUUUCCAACAAAUAUAUAUAAAGCGCGUUCCUGCAAUUAUACCAAAUUCAAAGUGUCUACUCUGACGUAUGUCGGUUUGUUCACUACGCUGAAAAACUAUUAGAAAUUUGAGAUCCAAGUAGCAAAGGCCAUUCAAUCAUUAUAAGAUUUAAUUUAGAAAUUUUUGUACUUCACUCUUGCCUUUUCAUAUGGUUUUCACUUGAUUUUCUAAAUUUAAAAUUUAACAAUUUACAUUUGAUAUAAAUGUAAUUUCAUAUAAAAAAAUUUCUUUGAUAGAGUAUAUGGACAUCGACAAAACGAUUUAGUUAUUUAAAUUUUAAAUUAAAGCGAAAAUUCUUUAAAAAAAAUUUAAAAAAUUCGAAAAAUUUGAAUAGAAACUAUUAAAAAUUUAAAGAGUGUAAAACAAAUCGUAAACUUUGCAAUUAUUGUCAAUGCUUUUGUUAACUCAAAUCAAAACGUUCUAAAGGCUAUCGAAAUUUUUUAAGCGGUUUUGGUUUGUGUGUUUUGGACAAAAUUUCGGUUGCCCAUUAUAAUUGAAAUUUUGUGUGGAAAAUUCAUAUCAGAGCAAUAGUCAUAAUAAAACAUUUAAAAAAAAGGACCUAAAAAAAGUAGGACAAAAUGUAUAAAAAAUUUGUUCCUUUAAAUUCAGUUCAAAGCCCUUCCCGCAAUCCGUAUGAAGUUCGCACCUAUUUGGGGGAGCCCAUCAGACCAACUACGCCGGAAUGGAAAACUGAUACCUGUGGUUACGAUCGCGAUUGCAAUUUGCCGCCAAACUCGACAAUAGCCAAAGUGCUUACCUUAGAAGAUGAGAUUAAACGUAUACAUCGUCGUGCCCGAGAAAAUCGCUUUAGUGCUUAUAAACGGAAAUGUGAGCUCGAAAGUAGUUUUGUAGAGUGUGUGCUGCCCCAACUUACACCUGCAGAACGCCGAAGACACGCCGUUGCCCGGGAAAAGUACUUAAAGGUGAAAAGCGACAUGAACGAAUACGUGCAUGAUCUGUAUGAUAUGUACUCAGAUCAUCCCAGUUUGGUGAAAUUGGAGAGUCCGGUUGGCAGUGAGCAAGAGGAAGAAGAAGGGGGAGACGGAGAGAAAGGCCAAGAAGAAGGAGAUGAUGAAAAGAAGGAACAAAAGCCAAUUAAACCUUUAUUGGCAACUCCCGAAUGCAGUAUGGACUUAAUUUUUAUACCACCUCAGAAAAUGCUUGAAUUAAAGCGACCUAAAAGUGGUAUAUAUAUUAAUGAAACGGAACCGCCUAAUGCGCUACCUAGUGAUGAAAUACCAUAUAGCACUUACAAUCCACGUGUACUUCAGGAGCAAUUCGAUGCUCAGAAUUUGAAACGUAUAGAUUUAAUAGACGGUCCACAGGCUGAUCUUUGGACGUGGAAUCUCGGCAUACAGGAGAAAGAAGAAGUGCUCGAUAAAACGUUUAUAGAUGCAGCCAUUGCAAAAUUUGAUUGUAGUAACGCUGAACUGGUGGUAUUCAAAAUACCUACCGAUUUGGAUAAAACCUUUUCAGCUGGUAUAGUAUUCGGAAAUAAGGCAAUAAAAUCGGCUGAAUCCCCACUCAAACCCGAAUUUUACUAUAGACCGAAAGAGAUGGCUUGCUUGUACGUUGCUUUUGUGGAAGCUUUUCGUUUGAAUGCAGACUUUUGGAACGCUGAAACCAUGGACCUUAUUAUUGAUAUGGGCGAAAAGCUUGUGGAGAAAAGUAAAAAAAUGUUUUACAAAUCGGCGGAUCUUCCGUUCGAUAUAAUACCAGAGAUAACUGAACGCGAUGCUUUAAUCAGCUUAAAAAUACAUUUCACGGGACCGUUGAAAAGUCAACCCAACAUCUAUAAGGCCUUGUCAUUAUACUUUUCAAAAUAUAAUGCUGGCAUAUUGUGUUCAAAAAAACUGUACCUAUUAAUUUGGAAACGUUGCAAAAAUUUUUAUUACAUCUAUGAUCCGAACGGGCGCACAGAAAAUUGUGAACGGGAUUUCGAAAAUGGCAAGUGUGCCUUAAUGUCGACACACUUUAUAGAGCAUUUAGUGCAUUUGAUUGUCAAUAUUAGUCAGACAAACAUGGAUGAUGAAUUCAGUUUGUACGGCAUUAUAUUGGAGAAUUAUGGCAAGAUUUCUGAUCCGCUCCCAGCGACACCGUUCAAAAAGCUUACCCGUAAGCAAUGGGCUACGAUAAAUGAAGCGUACGCUUUAAUACCUAGCUGUAAUUAUGGUCUUACGCAACCCAACAUAAUGCCGGAACCUAAUCCUUCCAUGCUCAUUGCCGUCAUGGCUCUCUUAUACAAUUACAUUGAACGACCGAACACCUGGGAUACAAAUUCUGUCGAUCAAAUAAUCCGUAUAGGCACCGCAUACUAUAAAAGUUUACGUCGUUCUAUGAAAAUGAAGGAAAAGGAUCAUGUUAAUAUAUUGGAUGUACCGGAUAAAUAUGUUUUGGGUCAAUAUAAAGCUUCCAUGAAGAAGAAACCUUUCUUUUAUACGGGCACUGUAACCGAUUAUUGUAAAAAAUUCGUAGAUUCCUUACUAGCUUGCGGACUAAAAGAACUUUUCUCCAGCGAAUGGGAAGCAGCCUUAAUACAAAUUGACAGUUCUGUGGUAGCUGUAUGGCGUGAUAAGGAACUUUACUAUCUUUUUGAUCCUUUUAAGCGAGGUCGAUCUGGUCAGGUGAUCGAUCCUGACGACUAUAAAACAGAUGGAGCGGCAUGUUUACAAAUGCACGCCAAUUUUGACUCGUUACUGUGGUUAUUGUGCCAGAAUGCCUUGAAAAUGCGUAGAGGUGGCAAAUUUUUCAUUCACGCCGUCAAAGUUGGCUGCAUUAAACCAAUAUUGGAUGGUAAAUAUCGCAAAAUGCGUUACACCGGCCUUAAGUUAAUGCCCGACGUUAUCAACAGAGACGCAGGAGGCGAGGAUAUUAAUGCUGCUGGCGGUGAUAAAGCCGGCAAAAAGAAAAAGGACCAGAAAAAGGGUAAGAAGGGAAAAGAUAAGAAAGUUCAGAAAGUAUGCAGUAUAGUAACUGUUCCCGAUAAUGAUCGUCUUCCCGGUUUUGAAAAUAUCGAUAUUGUGGACGGUGUUUUGGAGGACUUUCUAUGUGAACUCCUGCGAAAUCUCCCCGAAGAAGACUAUGCAAGACCUCGUUUAUAUAAGUCCGCCAAUCGAGUAUUGCUUCGCUCAGACAAAGAAUAUUUGGAGUCUCUCAAAUAUAUGGUUACGCAUGAUCAAGAUUUCGACAAUUAUAAUGCUGCAUUCCCAACACAACGAGAUCAAGAUACUCCCAUCCUUACGCUCGAGGACGAGUUGGCAAUACCGAGUAAUUUCCAGAACCUUCCAGAUGGUACUUGGAUUAUUUUCGGCAACCAGACCUUGCCUCGUGUCGACGAUGAGCAAACUAAAUUAAAGGGCCUGCUCUCCGCCUUGGUUACGGCAGCGCUGGUGGCCAAAUACAAAAUAUCAACUUGGACAAGCGAAUUGGUAGAUUAUUCGAUGCAAGCUGUAGAUUCAUUUAGUGAAGAAUUUCAAGUUUAUCAGUACGCUUUGGGCGCAUUCUUAUCGAAAAAAUUACCCCGCGUGACGAUAGGUCAACGCACUUACGACAUACGUGUGCAUAAGACCAUCAAAUCCAAUAUACAAAAAUCUCUGCGACAAGUUCUACUAGAGAGUUUGAUCAAUUAUAACCGUAUGGUAGUAAUAUGUCAGCGUUUUUGCUGUCUCAUCGUGAAACGGUACAAUUUCCUAUACAUGUUCGUUGGCUUUCCUGUCAAUGCGGUCGGGUAUAGAAAAAAUAAUGCCGGGCCCGCCUGUUUAUUGCGUUUCGUAGAACUCGAUUCUCUCAUCAGGCGCAUCGAGUAUGGGUGCAAUCCACAAGGCUGUGACAUAACUCAUUAUGUGGUGGUUACUCUUAAGGUCAUCGAUUCAACACCGGAGCCAUUUGGACGCUACAGAGCUUGGCCUUCAGAUCAGCAAGAAAGUCUUUAUAAAACCGAAUUAGAUUAUUAUAAAAAGGCUGAAAUGGGCAAACUUGCAAAGAUGCAAUUCUUAGACAGUGAGCUGAGCAAAGAAAAUGCUCGAAUCAAGGAAUUCUUAGAUGCAAAGGCUGAAUAUCGAGAAGAUCGCAAGGCCAAACGUAAGGCUGUUAGAAAGGACAAGGCGAAACCAGUGCCACCACCCACCGAUGAAAGUCAACUUGAUGAAGAAACUAGAGAAGAGGGUGGUCAAGACGAAGAAGGCCAAGAAGAAACUGCUGCGGAAGAAGACCCAUGCGAUAUUAAACCUAAGCAUAAAUUUGGCACUAAGAUACCAAAAAGUAAGGAUGAAUUCGUUCGUCCUAGACCGGUGGUUUACGGUUACCGUUUACGUGAAAAAGAUUAUUUGUACAAAAUACAAGGUAGCAAAGCGCUUAGUAAUCGCAGUGAAUGUUUGUUAGAUAAGAUUAAGCCUUGCUUCUUUGCCAGCACCAUGGCCAUCCUUUAUACUAUUUUGCGUCCUCUAAAUGAAUGGACUUCUCAACGUAUAGAUCAGCUGAUUGAUAGUGCGACAAUCUUAACCGAGACACUUGAAGAUAUGAGCACCACAUAUGAGCGUGCUUUGAAAAAUGUCAGCGUUGACGAAUAUACCUUUAACGUUAUGAUUAGGGUAUUCGAACCUAUGGGAAUGGGAAUAAAUUUGAGGAAACAAUUAGAACGCGCAACCACUCUGCGCAAGUACUUGAUGUUACAUACAGCGAACUGUACAUAUGCCAUAUUUCGUGAUGAAUACUAUCAUUUAUUUGAUCCUUAUCCAUCCAUGGAAACUACAAGCCAAGAUACAGAAAAGGGGGAGGAAGGAACCACUGACGCGUCGAAGCAGAAAAUGCCAAAGUUGCCAAAAGGUACUAAAAAAUAUGGUGAGCGUAACACAGCCUCAUGGUUAUUGUUUGCCGAUAUUCAAUCCAUGCUACAAUAUAUGGAUAAGAGAAGUUGUAGUCCCACUUGGAAGGAAGAUUACGAAUACACUUUUCAUGUAAUGGACAUUAUAUCGUACAAGAAAUCGCCACAAAAUACUCACGUAUUGACAUUACUCACUAGUAUGGCACCAUGUCAAACCAACGAUGUAGAAGAAAAUGCUAGAUGUGCUCAUAAUGAAAGCAUUGCCUGGCUUGAGCAUUGCUUGCCAGUAUGGAGUCGUCUCAAUCGACGUAAUGCUGCCGGUCGCUAUCGUAGCAUGGGAAUUUCAAAAUUCAAAAAAUAUGAUAUUGAAAUUGAAGCACGUCUUUGGUCGCUGUGGGGUACUUUGCAUCCAAGUGCCCCAGUGUUUGAGCUUAGCAACAGAGGUAAACAGUUUCUGGCGUGUUCUGUGGUUGCUUUGUGUGCAGCUCGCCUUUACCGACUCAUUGAUUGGAGUCCUCAGCUUUUGGACUCAAUCGUCAUCAAUGGUAAUCGCUACCAUCAGCAGAGUUUGGGUGAAAUUAAAUGCGAAGAUUAUAAUUUCUCUAUAGAGGAUUUGAAUUUAGAAUGCUGGUUAGACAAUCUACGGUUUGUUGUUCAUAUCGAGCAUGUAGUCUAUGGCAAAUUGUACACUCGUCCCUAUUACAAUCGUAUGAAUUUAGCCGAGGGACUAAUGUACUUUUUCACAUAUUUUCAAUUUGGCAUACUACAGUGCUUGAACAAAUGUCUAGCUAUCGGUUACAUACCCGGCCAUGACGGCGGUUAUUUUAUGUUCGACUGUCAAUCCCGGGAUCAUCCUAUUUUCCCCAAAGGUCAGGGUGCCUCGUAUGUGCUGCGAACUAAACAUUUGCAAGUGUUGUUAUACUGCAUCGUUGUUACUCUUAAUGUCCCUUAUUAUAAUGUGCUCUUCACCAUACACAAAGUUGAAAUGUUGGCUGAGGGUGCUUCCGUAGAUGAGGACAAAACUAAAGAAGGGACAGCAGAACCAACCGAGGAAAUUUAACCAAUUAACCAAUGUUUGGUUGCGAUAGUAUUAAAAAACGGAGCAGCGGGAUCGUGAAACUUUCAUUUUAUUACUAUUGCAAUCUCUGUACUAAAUAUUAUAAAGUAAUUAAUAUAAUUUUUAUUU